AUGCAGUCGCUAAAGGUCUGUGGUAGCUUUUACUUCAUCAUAUUUUUAACUCCGGACGCGUCUAAACCAACUUGUCUAAAUUAUCCGCUUUCAUCAUCUGAAGAAGACAUUGCUUUAAAGAAUAUCAAACAGACAUUCGGUCGAACACCAGCCUAUACAGGAUUAUACGAGCCAGAAGAUGAUGGACUGACUCGAUCACCUGUGCUGGGUACUACUGUGCCCAAGAAUAACCUACCUAGAAUAAACAGAAGAAUAUUGACAAAGAAACAAAAACAAUCAAAUAUUUCAGGAUUUGACUGUGAUAAUGCCCUGAAUUCUAUCACAAGUUUCUUAAAAAGAUAA